AUGUGUGGUGCCAGUGGCCAGCACCCCAUGAGACGCAAACAUCAGGGGAUCCAGCUAAUACCUCAUUCCCCCUUGGGGCCUGGCCUAGACUGGGUAUGUGGUGUGUGUGUGUGUGUGUGUACUUGUCAUCUAUCCAUCCAUCCAUCCAUCCAUCCAUCCAUCCAUCCAGGGAUUCAUUCAUUCUACAUGCCAAAUGUGGGCCAGGCUCAAGGGACCCAGAGAGGAGAGCCCUCUGGGAGUCCCCAGUCUGGUAGAGGAAGCAGGAGUAGACACAAUAAGAGCACAUUAGAAACAGGCACAAUCACAGAUGGAAGCCAGGUGCUGUGGGUGCCCCAAGGAGGAAUUGCCUUGGGUGGAUUAGGGAAGACUUCCCAGCUAAGGCUUGGAGCACAGGUAGGAGUUCAUUUGGUGCCAGUAGUACAAGUAGUGGCCAGGUACAGUGGCUCACGCCUAUAAUUCCAGCUUGUGC